AAAAUCUGAAUCAUCGAUGGAGAGAGAGAGAGAGAGAGAGAGAGAGAGAGAGAGAGAGAGAGAGAGGUGACCGUAGAGUGAUGGGACCCGGCUGAGGGAACAGCAGCGAGUGAUCCCUCUCCGAGCUGCUAAUGACAGCAGGUAGACAGAUGUGAAGGAUGACUUCCUGCUCAGAGAUCUGUGGGUCGGAGUAUGGUGAACAAGCUCAAGCCAACGGGAACUGCCAGCAGUAUGGAGUCCGCUCCUACCUACACCAGUUUUACGAGGAGUGCACAGCUUCUAUCUGGGAACGUGAUGAAGAUUUUCAGAUUCAGAGAUCGCCUAGCAGGUGGAGCUCUUUACUCUGGAAGGUCUGUCUCGCGUUCGGCUCCCUGAUCUUAUUCGCAGGACUCAUUGUUGUUUUGGUGGGUUACGCCACUCCAGCCAGGAUCGAGGCAUUUGGCGAGGAUGAUCUCCUAUUUGUUGACAGCCAUGCUGUCAGUUUCAACCGCGCACUGGAUGUUUGUAAGCUGACUGGCGCCGUGUUGUUCUGUGUGGGAGGCACCUCCAUGGCUGUGGGUCUCCUGCUUUCCGCUUUUGCCAAAAGCUACUCCAAAGAAGAACUGUUCCUGCAGCAGAAGUUUAAGGAGAGGUUGGCAGAUCUGCACGCAACAGUGGGUACCCCCAUAAUGAGAGCACCGACCCCCGGAGAGGGAAAGGUGCCAGUCACGCUCUCCAAAGUCCAGAACAUCCAGCCAGUGACCACAAAGUCGGAGACCUGACAGAAGUGCAGAUGAAGGCAUAAAGUGAAGAAGUGUGAUUGAUUUGGUGUGCAGACUGUGUGUGAGUGCAAAAACACGUGUGCGUGACGAUCUACGUGUGCGUUUUUCUUUUUCGAAAGGUCAGCUUACAUGACGGAUAGUAUUGGUUCUUCAUCUCUAUUUGCUGUGUUUGACAUUAAAGCUUAAUUUCUAAGGUUAUAUAUAGGUGAAGAGUUAAUAUAGCUUAGCAAAGUUUAAGCCCGAUGUUUGAACACCAGCUGUAUGAAAUUCAUAGUGAUCUGACAAAAGCACAUGCAGGUCCUGAGCCCUACCCAGAAAACAAACCACAGAAACAAAUCGAUAGAACACAGCCGCUGAACAACAACAUCGUAGCUUGCACUGUGUAUUUGUUUCUGUCGAGAGGAUUCACAUUUUGUAAAAGAGGAUGGUGGUACUGCUGGAGGGUGUAGAGCAGCAGAUGCGGUGUUGUUUGAAGUUAUUGGUGAUUGGCCCGCAUUGCCAGAAAAUGAUCAAAAGGAGCACUGAACACAACAACCAUUAUCUCUGCCUAUAGUGUCUAAAAGGACAUCAGAGGAUGAGUGUUUCUUUGUGCAGAAUACUGGGUGUGUACUGGGUGUACAUGUACCGUUUGUGCAGCGCAACUUCAUUACAACACUCAGUGAGAGCUGUCAAUCACAAACACACUAUACGAGUACAUGUUCUUUAGCUGAAUACUUCUUCUAAGUUAUGUUUACAUGCAACAACAAGCCGAGAGAAGUCUUCACGAAUACUUGGCAAGAAGUUCACACAUCAUCAGAACAGAUUAGAGAUAAACACCGAUUAGAACAGACCUUCAGGGUCGAUUUCACACUGACAUUUUCUUAUUAGGCCUCUGUCCUUGUCUUCUUCAGUGAAUCUUCAGACAGGAUCGAUAGACGAGACCAGACAGACUGAUGAAAGGUACAUUGAACCGGACGGGGACAUGCAGAACAACAUAGUCUGUCACUUAAUCAAGCAGAUUGCUUUUUAGAUAAUACAAAUAAGGCGUUCAUCUAUCUUUUUUUGUUUUCCUAAACACUUCAUUACCCAUGCUCUUUCUUUUCGUUGUCUCCUUCCCUCUUCUGUGACAAACUGCAAAACAUGUAGAUACACAACUAUCCAUCCAGGCAUGCACUUUUUUUUUUGCAACUAGCAGUCUUGAGUUGGUAAAAAAAAGAAAAAGAAGAUGUGCAGGUGCUGCGUGUUGAAAUGAAGACAGAGCGAGGGCGCACCGAGCUAGACAAACAACGUGACAGAUUAUGUUACAUAACAGGGGGAUGAAGGGAGUGCACUCAGCUCUCCAGUGAGAUCACAUCAGCUCCAUCACGUUUGACAGCGCUCGUUGUUUACAGUCUGUCUGGAUCCACAGAUGCUUUCGACACAAUAACUGCCUUCCUGUGCUCACACACAAAACUUGAAACUACAUUAUGCAGUAAGCUGAACAGCAUGCAGUAUGUAUGUAUCAUCAAAGCUUUUUUUAACUGGUUGCAUAUUCACUUGCGUACUACACGAAAAGUUCCAUCAAGCAGGUUUUAAAUGGAUUGUUUUAUUGGCACUCACAUGCGCCGUAACUUUAACUUACAAGCACAACAAGCUGUUAUUGGUCAUGUUUUGCUGCUUUUUUUGUGUCUUUACAGUAUGUAUUUUAAUAUAUAUAUUUUUAAAUAUUGUGACCAUGCCACUUUAAAUUGUUAGAUUUGUUGUUUGCUUGUUUGUUUUAAAUUCAUUGCACACAUACAGAUACAGUACUGUAAAAAAUCUGCAUUUUUUGUUUAUUGUACUUGAUUAAAACAAUGUUUUUGUGGUAGUCACAGUCCAAGUGCCAUCAAGCUACAUGCCUCCUACUGUGCGUCAAUGCUGCAGGUCUUUCGGACAAUAUAUCCUCUUCAAAUCCAUACAGAAACAAUGCCAGAUACAUACUGUAUUAAAUAAUAUAUGCUUAUAUACUUCUUAUAUAAGCACAUAUUAUAAGCUAUAUAAGAUACCGUAUUGCUAUGCUGGCUACCUAUAUUCAUGUAAGUUGACCUUUCAACAUCCCACAGCCUCCACUCUAAUCUGUGAUGUCAACACAUUUGGUCUCAGAUACAACACAAAUAUGUAGCUAUAACUAUGAAGAACAAUAUACUAAUAAUUAUUCAAGGAAUUUACACAACAACUGUUAAGCUGCAAAGCAUAUACAGUACAAGAAGAAACACCAAGCUGGUAAACAAUCCGUCAUAAAGAAACCCUGCAGUGUGGUCAGAGCGUUAUUAAUAAGUGACCAAUAAAUGUGCUGACAUGUAGUUCCAUGCUGUGAAUUGUGAGUUCAUUUUUAUCCUUACAUUGACCAAAGUUGAGUUCUGCAUUGCAAUCCCAAAUCCACAACGGAUAUUCUUCUGCUCUUAAUCUGACCAUGUCCCAGUUUAAGUGUCUCCUGAUGUAACCGUGGAUUCUCCCAGUAAAUAAAAAAAAGUAUACUUAUUGGAGGUUGGAUUGGAUAAAGAACAAAUAUAUAUAUAUAUCAAUGUCUACAUACAGUAUGUCUAUUUUUCAAAGAACACAAUAAAAUUGAAAUAUCCACAGCUCAAAA